AUUUAAUAUGUACUUUUUUUGUUACAGAAAACAAAUAUGCCUUCUAAAGUGAGAGAUGGAUGUAUUUAUCAAUAUAAAAACUGUAAGAUUUUGUGGAAUCACAGUCUGGUCGAAGAAGAUCUGUGGGUACGUGAGGGGAAAAUUUUAAACCCAGAAAAGUUGUUUUUUGAUGAGCAAGCAUAUGCGGAUGUACAGAUUGACUGUAAAGGAUGUAUCAUUGCUCCAGGAUAUAUUGAUGUACAAAUAAAUGGUGCCUUUGGUAUAGACUUUACAGAGACUGAGGAUAUCAGUGCAGGUUUAAAGAAAGUGUCACAUGGUUUACUAGAGCAUGGUGUCACAUCUUAUUGUCCUACAAUUAUUACAAGUCCUAAACAAACUUACCACAGGACAAUACCUAAAGUGAAGAGAUGUAAUGGAAGUAAGAAUGGUGCAGGAAUAUUAGGUCUACAUUUAGAGGGACCGUUUAUUAACAAGAUGAAGAAGGGAGCACACAAUCCAGAUAACAUUCAGUCAUUUCCUAAUGGAUUCAGUGAUGUUGUUGAUGUGUAUGGUGAUUUGAAUAAUGUUGCCAUGGUAACACUAGCACCAGAAUUAGAGAGGUCAGGAGAGGUGAUACAUGAACUGUGUAAGAGAGGGAUAAAAGUAUCAUUGGGUCACAGUUCAGCAGAUCUUGUUACCGGGGAAACAGCAGUAAACAAUGGGGCCUGUAUGAUCACACAUCUGUUCAAUGCCAUGGUGUCUUAUCACCACAGAGAUCCUCAUUUAAUUGGUGUGUUAACAAGUACACAUAUAGACCAGGGUAGAUCGCUGUAUUAUGGUCUUAUAGCUGAUGGUAUACAUACACAUCCCUCAGCUCUACGUGUUGCUCACAGAAUAUUCACCAAAGGUUUAGUACUGGUAACAGAUGCUAUAUCAGCUAUGGGUCUGCCUACAGGAGAACAUUGGUUAGGUCAUCAGAAGAUUGAGGUGAAUGGUAAACGUGCUACUAUAGCUGGUACAGAUACACUCUGUGGCAGUAUUGCCAAGUUAGACUACUGUGUGAGGAAUCUUCUGAAAAAUACAGAAUGUGGAGAAGUUAUAGCAUUAGAGUGUGCCACAUUACAUCCAGCUCAGAUGCUCGGUAUAACAGACAAGAAAGGAACAUUAGACUAUGGCACAGAUGCAGAUUUUGUCAUCCUAGAUCCAGCAUUAAAUGUAAUGGCCACUUAUAUAGCCGGGGAGCAAGUCUGGGAUUCAGGACUGAUUCAAGGACUGUGAUAAUGGUGCUAGUGUUAAAUUAUCAUGACGUUUUGUUAAUCAGAUGUGUCAAAUAUUGAAUGUUUUUAUCAUUAUUUUAUACACGUAGUUUGUUGAUUGUAGUAGUUGUUGGUAGUUUAGUUUCAGAUCUUUAAAUCCAGACCUACCACUGAUAGUCUAAUGUCAACAUGAAACAAAAGGGAUUAAAAGAACAUUGCAAGGUUCUGUUACUUGACUUUAAUAUUAACAAAUCUAGAAUGUGUAAUCUUUACAUAUUUCACUUCAGGGAUAUUUAUUAGACAUCUGAAUAAAUGUCUAACAUAAUUGAUCAAAAUGCAAGGCACAAUGAAUCAAUUGCUACCAGGGACACAGUAUCAAAAACAUAUUUUAAAAUACAAUGAAUUCAGAUACAUGUAUGUCAACCUGUACUUAUUGUUAGAAUAUAAUAAUUGGCAAUUAAAUAACUUAUAUUUUAUUUCUAUAUAUUUGAAAGACUUAUAUUGUAUAACAGCGUAAGAGAAUCUUGAUCUGUAAUUUUUAUUUGAUUGGCUUGGACUUUGCUAGGGCAGAAUCUCACAAGAUGCGAAACACUUGGUGCGAUCCUUUCUAGAAAAAUCCUGAGAUC